CCCCCUUUACUAUCUAUGCCUUUCUCUUCUCGCAUCUCACUCCACCUCGAUCAAGCUCUGAUAGCCUGAACCUCGCUUUGCUCUUGCAUCAAACCACUAUGUCAAGGGACGACCAAGUUGUCAAUGACGCUGCGACCGAGGAGUCCAGCUCCGAUGUUCACAUCCCUCCCAUCAUCGCAUCUAUAGGGACAUUCCUGAUCGAUGCGUUCGAUAGCCCUCCUCGACCGAUUGUAGAUCACAUACACGCCGUACCGCCUGGUUCCAAAGGUACGACGUUGUCCCUAUCGCCUCAUUCUUCCGGCUCGAGCGACAGACUACGCCAAAAUAGCAGUAGUGGGAAGGGCGUGACCCAGAGGACAUACACCCUGUUCCCAAAUCAAGGAUACGGUCACUGUCUGGCCUUGGAUCCUCGUUCACUUCCUCACGGCGUUCCCAAAUCUUCGCUCAUGUUCGUAGACCCUAGGACAUUGCCGUUUGGUUCAGGUUCCGCCGUCAAACAAUUUGGUCUAAUCAAUGACAGUGUAGUCGCAGCUCCCGCUCCACUUCUUGCCGCACGUCCUCCGCUUCCGACAUCCGUAUCUGCUCCGGUGACAGCGACCAAGGCCACCACCGCCAGACUUGGUCUUGAAGAUACCUCCUCUCAAGCCCCUUAUGAUACCGAGAGACGUCGACCAAGUUUACCGUUAUCGACCACAUCUACAACCUCUUCUAACGACCCAAGCGGAAGCCGAUCCGCUACUUCACAGCCUGUAGGUCAACAAGGAUCAUCUGCAUCAUCCGUCUCAAGGCCCGGAUCAGGCGCUCUCACUCCUCAACAGGAUUUUGACGAUGAUCCACCCGCUCAAACAUUCGAGAUUCUCGGCGGAGGAGGCCUUUACGCCCUCAUAGGUGCCAGAAUCUUUUUACCUUCUCGUCGGCUCAAGGCACUAGUGGGGAGAGACAGGAAGGCAGAUGGUGGUCGAGGCGAUCUCAAACCCGAGCUGGAAGCUCAAGCCGAAACAUUCGGGAAGGACAUGUGGAUUUGGGAUGAGGGAGAAGGGAAAAGAAUGACAAGGGCGAGAAUACGGUACGAUGGGGAUGUAAGGUUCUUUCAACCCAUUGUUAAAGCGACAUGUCGGACCAUGGCUUCACUCAUCGGCACACCACUGCAAGGUGCAGAAUACCUCCACAUUUCACCUCCCUUCUCGUCGCAAGACGUUGCGACGCUCUUAUCUGAGAUUCAUGAUUUGAACCGUCGAUCCGUUGAAGGCGCUUGGAACCCGAAGAUAGUCUUUGAGCCCACGCCCGUUAGCUGUCAUUCUGAACAGAGACAGUGGCUAGAACAGAUCGCUCCAAGCGUUCAUGUCCUAUCUCCCAACCAUGAAGAAUUGCUCUCGUUCUACGAACAGAAGUACGAGAUUUCAGAUCCAGGUCUCGUGCCUGCCAUCGAGCAUAUAAUGCACCAUCUCCUACACGACGUGGGCGUUGGACACGAUGGACACGGUAUUCUUGUAGUCAGGUGUGGUCGUAAAGGGUGCUGUGUAGGAACUGUGAAGAGAGGCUUAAAGUGGUUCCCAGCCUAUUGGCUCGGAGCGCAAGGCUCAGAAGUAAGGGACGUCACUGGUGCUGGAAAUGCGUUCUUAGGGGGUUAUACUGCCGGUCUGAGCCUGACGAACGAUCCGUACAGAGCCGCUUUGUACGGUACAGUCGCCGCGUCAUUCGUCGUCCAGCAGCUUGGAGUUCCGCAUCUAUCAAGGUCCAACAUCUAUCAACAACCGAGCUCAGCUUUGGAUCCAAAUGCAGAAGCCUGUCCCAUGGUUCCAACAGAGUUCUGGAAUGGAGACCUACCACCAAAUCGACUGGAAACGUUCACAAAGCGUUGCGAAGCUCUGGGAAUCCUCUAGGUGCACUCCAAAUUUAUUUAUGAAAGGGCUGGAGAGGACGGGAAGGUCGGAAAAUGCUCUCGCUUUUCUGUGUGUUUUGUCUCUUGCUUGAUCCGUUAGGUAU